AUGUCCGUGAACACGAUAUACGUAGAAGAUAUAAUCUCAUUAACUCAAGCAGAUCUGUCAAAAGAUCCAAAUUGUAUCAUUGAAGAUAGCAAGCAAGCAGACGAAAAUAUUAAUCUUAAUUCAAUUACAUCUACAGAAGAACCAGAUGAUGAUGAACCUGAAACCCUAUGGGAAGAUGAAUUUCAAGCUGGAUUGGAACCGGUUGAUCUCGACAUCAAUGUAUCGUCACCGCAUCCUCUGGAACUAGGUAGUUUUUUUAACCAGUCUCCAGACUCGCAGGUAGCAGGUACAUUCACAGCAUCUACAUCUCGAGAAGCUUUCAUUCCCAGAAUUCUUCAAAACAAAUCAUUGUCAGCUGCUCAAAAAUAUCGUCUAGCUGAAAGAAAAAUUUUUAUUCCUGGCUCAGGUCCGAAGCCACCAGAAUAUACAGCAAGAAUACCAGUAUCACUUUGGAUUUUUGGUAUAAAGCUCAAUGGUAUCCUGGACACUGGCAGUGAGAGAUCCUACAUCAAUGCAAAGGUAUACGAAGACAUCAAGGAGUACGCGUCAGGUGAAUUAAGACCUGAUGAUAUACAAAAGCGAGGUGUUUUACUGGCUAAUCAUACUUUGUGUAAAAGCCUUGGCGGUGCUCCGUUCAUUAUACAGAUAGGAUCGAUUGCUGCUAAACAAUACUUAAGUGUACUUGAAGAUCUUGGACAUUCUGUGGUCCUAGGAAUGGACUUUGCAAUACAAUUUGGAGUCAUCAUAAACAGCAAAGAGAAGACUUGGCAGUUCAGUGGUCAUCAUGAAAUACAUCAAUUUGAACUUAUAUCGUGUAAAGAAAAUUCGUCGAGGUGCUUAUCAAUGACAGCUGAUGAAGAAACAGACUUCAAAAAUUUCAUUAAAACUGAAAUGGAAAAAUUUGAAGCGAUGCCGAAUCAAGGACUAACUAACAUCAUCGAACAUGAAAUUGUCUUGAAACCUGAUGCGAGAUCAGUCAGGAUUAAACCAUAUAGACGCAGUCCUGUGAUCAACGAGGAAUUAAACCGGCAAAUCGACGAGUUACUUGAGAAGAAAUUUAUAAGACCAAGUUACAGUGUUUGGUCGUGUUCACCGGUCAUGGUAGCUAAACCCAACAACACCUGGAGAUUUUGUGUAGACUAUCGGCCUAUUAAUCGAGUGACAAUACCACCAGCUCACCCGUUACCUAAUAUGUUACGCAUAUUGAGCGCAUUACACGGUGCAGUUCAUAUAAGUACUAUGGAUUUAAAAGAAGCUUUCCAUCAAAUCCGCAUGGCAAUCGCGUCGAUUCCUCUCACCGCUUUUUCUGUGGAAGGACGAGGGAUAUUCGAGUGGUUACGGAUGCCGUAUGGACUAGUAGGUGCUCCAAGUACUUUUCAAAAAGCUAUGGAUGAAUUGAAAGAAAGAUUUCAUAAAAUUCUAGUUGAUCGAGGAUUACCGACGAGAUGGGCCGAGCAAGUCUUUGCAUAUUUAGAUGACUGGAUAGUCAUCAGUGAAACAUUAGAAGAACACAAAAGAAUCUUAAGUUUGGUGUUUGAAGUUUUUAGGGAUGCUGGGUUACUCAUAAACCCCGAGAAAAGUAAAUUUUGUCGACCUGAAGUCAAAUUCCUUGGAUUUGUGGUAAAUAAAGAUGGUCUGCAUACUGAUCCAGAGAAAAUAGCCCCAAUAAUUAAUUAUCCACGGCCAACAACCAGAAAACAACUGCGCAGCUUCCUAGGACUAGUCAAUUGGUAUCAUCGACAUCUUCGAAAUGUAGCAAAGGCUCAGGGUCCUUUAAAUGAAUUGACUGGAGUCAACACCGAGUGGAAGUGGGGAGAUUUAGAAGAAGAAUCGUUCCAAAGUUUAAAACGAGCCCUUAUCGACGCUCAUCCGUUAUCAGUACCCAAGGCUGGACUCCCGUAUUAUUUAUAUACUGAUGCCUGUGAUACAGGACUGGGAGCAAUUUUAGUUCAACGAGAUCCAGAAACUCAAAAAAAAUUUCUGAUUAUAUGUCUCAGUCGUCAACUCAAGGGUGCCGAGACUCGGUAUACUACUACCGAAAAAGAGUGUCUGGCUGUCGUAUGGGCGGUUCGCAAGCUUCGCUGUUGUCUUGAAGGUACCCCGUUCACUGUUGUCACAGACCAUGCUGCGUUAAAAUGGUUGCAUUCAUUAAGAGAUCCAAAUGGCAGGUUAGCUCGUUGGGCCAUGGAGCUAUUGUCACAUCAAAUCACUAUUGAACAUCGUAAAGGAACAGAAAAUGAAGGUCCCGAUGCAUUAUCACGUAUUUACGAAGAUUUUGUUCCGGAAGAUUGGCUGGGAAUCAAAGAACAACUUGGUUCGGAUAAUUGCCUGCAUUUACAAGUAUCAAACUGGUAUGCAGUAAAAUUUAACAAUGUGCGUCGCAAUCCAGGAAGGUAUCCGGAUUGGCGCAUUGUUGAAGAUAGACUUGAAUAUUAUCGUCCAGACCCGCUGAAAUCUAUUGUUGGAGAUGAUAACGCAUGGAAGACAGUUUUACGAGAUCCUGAAAUUCAACAAGUACUCCAAAAACAUCAUGAAGACCCAGAUGCUGCACAUCUAGGGAAGGAAAAAAUGUUCAUUGAACUCUAUCCGUUACGUCGACACACUGGAGCUGCUGUCUUGGAAGCUUUCAAACGUACAUUUUCUUUGAGAUCUUACCCGCUGUUCCUGGUAACAGACAAUGGCUGGGAGUUUGUUAACGAAACCAUACAAGAUUAUCUGAAAUCUGUGGGAGUAAAAUUUACACCAUUGGUUGUCGCACAUCCACAAGCCAAUCCAGUGGAAAAGAUAAAUCGUACAUUAAAACCGAUGAUCAGAGCUUACAUCAACAAAGACCAGACCAGAUGGGAUGACCAUCUAGGUGAAUUUCAACUAGCCUACAACAGCUCAUACCAUGCAUCAUUAAAACUGUCUCCAUAUUUUCUGGUACAUGGACAGGAACCCAGGUUGUCCGAUAAACUGACAGAACUAGAGAUGGAGGAUUUUCUUCCUGAGAACGAAGAAUGGAAACAACGCGUCCAACGACUAGACGAACUUAGACAUAAGGUCGAGAGUAUCAUGAGGGCUGAAAAUGAGAGACAGUCUAGCUAUAAUAAAAAUUCAGAACUUAAAAUACCGGAAGUAAAAUUAGGCGAUAAAGUUUUCUAUCCGAAUCGUAAAUUAAGUAGUAAAAAUCAAAAAUAUAGCGCGAGCUUAGGCAUGGAAUAUCUCGGGCCGGUUACAAUUAGUAAAAUUAUAAGUCCGCUCGUAGUAGAACUUAAAAAUGAUUAA